AUGAGAGAAAUUGAAAUUUCUCUCAGCUUCAAGGGACCCGGUGCGGAUUCUGCAGGGAUUGGAAUGUCCUACUGCGAUAUCGAACCCUUGUUUUGGCGGAUAAGCGCUGGACUCCAAGAAAAGACUCAACAGCGUGAGAAACUCAACAAUAAAGCUUUGGUACAUACAGGGCUUGCAUCAAUUGGCUUCUCAGCUGGCGAAUCUUUUUCCCCCAGGGCUAGGAAGCCCCAGGCCAGUGCUAUUGAGAGGAGCAUCAUGAAGCAUCGGAAGGGAAGGAACGAGAUCAAAGUAAUGAAUGGGUUGGGGAUUUUGCAAGUCAUCAUUGACUGA